AUGAAUAAAAAUUCUUCCAACACGAUGGCUUUGGCUCCUAACACUUCUAACAAAAGAGAGACAGUGUGCAUAUUCGGAACUGGAGAUUUUGGACGAGCCCUGGGGCAUAAGAUGAUUCAGUCUGGCUACUCAGUGGUGUAUGGAAGCCGAAGCACCCAGAUAUCCAACCUGAUUCCCAAGGAUGCAGAGGUGUUGGGCCACGCAGAGGCGGCACAGAGAGCUGCCAUCAUCAUUAUAGCAAUCCAGAGGCAGCAUUACAACUUUCUUACACCACUAGCAGAGGUUCUCCGUGGAAAAGUCUUGGUGGACAUAAGCAACAACUUGAAAUUAAACCAGUACCCAGAGUCGAACGCGGAGCACCUGGCACAGCUGCUGCCCGGCAGUAAGGUUGUGAAAGCCUUUAACACCGUGUCAGCCUGGGCCCUGCAGUCAGGCACACUGGAUGCAAGCCGGCAGGUGUUUGUCUGUGGAGAUGAUGUGGAAGCUAAACAAAUGGUCAUGAAUAUUGUUCGUGCACUGGGUCUUACUCCACUAGAUAAGGGAUCCCUCUUGGCUGCUCAGGAAAUAGAAAAUUACCCUCUGCAACUCUUUCCAAUGUGGAAGUUCCCCAUCUUUUUGUCCCUUGGCCUAACUGCAUUCUUCUUCUUAUACUGUGUGGCUCUUGAUAUAAUUUACACUUAUAUUUAUGAAAACAAUGACUUUUCUUUUUUUAUUGCAAUUACCAUUCCAAAUCGAGUCUGCCCUGUAGUGGCGCUCAUCCUUCUUGCCUUGGUGUAUCUGCCUGGUAUAUUUGCUGCAAUUAUUCAGUUAUACAGAGGUACCAAGUACCGCCGUUUCCCAGACUGGCUGGACAAAUGGAUGCUGUGUAGGAAACAGCUUGGACUAAUAGCCUUGGCAUUUGCUUCCCUGCAUGUUGUGUUCACCCUUGUUACUCCAAUGCGCGCCUUCGCAAGAUGGAGAACCGGCAAAGGAAUCAUCUCCCAGGUACUGAACAAUAAAACAGAACCACUUGACCACACUAAUGCCUGGCUUAGUGACUCUUAUUUGGCUUUGGGAAUUUUAGGAUUUUUUUUAUUUGUUCUUCUGGGAAUAACUUCCUUGCCUUCAGUCAGCAACAAUGUCAACUGGCGAGAAUUUCGAUUUGUUCAGUCCAAACUGGGAUAUCUGGCACUGAUUUUGUGCACUGCACACACGCUGGUUUAUGGUGGAAAAUGGUUCCUGAGCCCAUCAGCAUACAAGUGGUAUCUUCCAAACAUCUAUAUCCUGUCCCUCAUUGUUCCAUGUGCUGUACUGGUUGUCAAAUUUGUGCUGAUAUUUCCUUGUGUAGACAAACCCCUCACACAAAUUCGGCAGGGCUGGGAGAGAAAUCCCAAAUACACAAAACAGUCAAAUUACAUUAUCAACAAGUCUGCUGUAUAA